AUGCAUUCUCGUCGGUCUGAUCACAAGAAAAUAUUUUUAAAAAACCCUGAUGUACCGUAUUUGCAUCCACUAUCACCACUGGAAACGAACCCUGCUUCAUCUAGAGCGAAACGACAAGCAUAUCAGGUGUACGUCGACGGUGAUUCGUCUGUAACUCUCGACAAAACUGGCCAAGCAGAAAACGGACCAUGGGGACCAUGGGUUCCUGGCGAAUGUUCACGAACAUGCGGCGGUGGUGUUCAGACUGAAAAAAGACAAUGCAGUGGUGAUUGUGUUGGUCCAUCAGUACGUUAUGUUUCGUGCAAUCUGGAUCCUUGUUCCGAAGGAACCGAUUUUCGUGCCGAACAAUGCGCUGCCCACAACGACGACGCACUCGACGGCAAAUACCACAAGUGGUUACCGUAUAAAGGCAAGAACAAAUGUGAGCUUUUGUGUAAGCCCGAGGGCGCUAAAUUCUACUAUAAAUGGGACGAGAAAGUUGUCGACGGUACAAAAUGUGACUCGAUAUCGGAUGACAUUUGUGUUGACGGCGUGUGCUUGCCAGUCGGAUGCGAUGGAAAACUGGGAUCAGCUCUGAAAGCAGACAAAUGCGGUGUUUGUGAUGGUGAUGGAUCGAAAUGCAAAACUAUUGAGGGGACUUUUGAUGAGAGAAAUCUCUCACCAGGUUACCAUGACGUGCUGCGUAUCCCGGCUGGUGCCACCGCUAUCAGAGUCGAAGAAGCCCGUCCAAGCUCGAACAAUCUUGCUUUGAAAAACUCUACUGAUCAUUAUUUUCUUAAUGGGAAUUCAAUGAUUCAUGUCGAGAAAGAUGUGGAGCUGAACGGCGUUCAUUUCGAGUACGACGAAUCAAAACCUGAAAAAAUCACCGCCAAAGGACCAUUGAAGCAGGAAGUUAUCGUGGCAGUGUUGUUCCGUAAAGGAAAUCGUGACGCAGCUAUCAAGUACGAGUUUUCCGUGCCAGUCAUCGAGGAUCUUGACUAUAUUUACAAGCCCGGAGAAUGGUCAGCGUGUUCUGUCACUUGUGGAAAAGGUGUGCAAACUCGUACUCCAUACUGCAUCGAUACGAAAACCGAAGCCCGAGUGAACGACCAACUGUGCGACGACGCCAAUUCAACGAAACCCGAGUUUGAGAAACCGUGUGAGACAGUGAACUGCGAUGCCGAGUGGUUUGAAGGUGAAUGGGAGCCGUGUUCACAAAGUUGUGGCGAUCAGGGUGAACAGUAUCGUGUCGUCUACUGUCAUCAGGUGUUUGCGAACGGUCGUCGUGUUACUGUUGAUGAUGGUAACUGUACUGCUGAACGACCACCUGUUCGGCAAGUGUGUAACAGAUUCGCCUGCCCUGAAUGGCAAGCCGGGCCAUGGUCGGCUUGCUCACAAAAGUGCGGAGACGCCUUUCAGUACCGUUCGAUCACAUGUCGUUCAGAAAAGGAAGGCGAGGAGGGUAAACUGCUGCCAGCUGAGGUGGAUCUUGUCGUUUUUUUCCAAUUUCAAUCUUCAUAUACCUCUAAUCAGGACAAAUGUUGUUUGCAACUAAUAUCCGAAUUUCAGUGUUCAAAAUGUAACGAUACAGAAGAGACUCGUGAAGUGACAUGUAAGGAUAGUCACGGUCGCAUCUAUCCAUUAGAGAAGUGUUUGACCGGCGAUGAGAAGGAGAUACCGUCUGACACAAGGGCAUGUGCUACUCAACAACCGUGCGUCUACGAAUGGACAGCCAGUCAAUGGUCAAAAUGCUCCACUGAAUGCGGUCAUGGACACAAGACGAGACGGGUCGUAUGCGCAAUCCACGAGCAAGGCGACAUUACAGUUGUCGAUGAAGUGCUUUGUCAAGAAGAAAAACCCGAAGAGAAGAUGAAUUGCACUAAUGAGGAGAAGUGUACGGGCAUAUGGUACACUGGACCGUGGUCUCCGUGCAGUGCUGAAUGUGGAGGCGGAAAUCAGGAACGAGUAGCUGUUUGUCUAAAUUACGACAAAAAACCAGUUCCAGAGUGGUGCGACGAAGACGAAAUGCCCGUACUGACCCAGGAGUGCAACACCGACGUCUGUCCCACCUGCUUCGAUUCCGAAUUCGGUUGUUGCCCAGAUAACACGACAUUCCCUACUGGACCAUUCAACCAGGGUUGUUCAAACUGCUCGUUGAGCGAGUUCGGUUGUUGUGCGGACAACUACACUGAGGCGGUUGGUAAGAAUGGCAAAGGAUGUGAGGAAUUUGAUGAAUCGGCAUUGAACCUGGAAGAAGCUGCUGGAGAAGAGGGCUCUGGUGAACACGAUGGGGUGACCAAUGAGAAGGGCGAGAUGGCCACAAUUGAAUGCGCAGCAUCCAAUUCGACUGCGAUCGAUAUGGAUUUGUUCGGUAACGAGACUGACACGAAUUCCACCAAGCACUGUUCGAAAACCGAAUUUGGCUGUUGUCCUAAUUGGGUCACUCCGGCUAAUGGACCAAACAAUGCUGGCUGUCCGAUAUUUGUACUGGGAGCAUGUAACGAGACUGAAUAUGGCUGCUGUCACGACGAUGUCACAUUGGCUCGUGGUCCGAAUCUCGAAGGUUGUGGGGAGCCUUCGUGUGCAGCUUCUCUUUACGGAUGUUGUAAGGAUCGCAAGACGAUCGCCUUCGGACCUCAUUAUGCUGGAUGUGACAGGUCAUCGUUCCCCUGCGAAUUGUCGGAGUAUGGAUGCUGUGCUGACGGAGAGACGGCCGCUCUUGGCCCAAAUGGAACCGGUUGCGGUGAGGACUGUUUGAAAACAAAAUAUGGUUGUUGUCCUGACGGCAAAGGUAUUGCUAAAGGACAUCAUAAUGAAGGCUGUGGAUGCGUAUACGCUCAGUAUGGAUGUUGCCCAGAUGGAAAGACAGCGGCCAAAGGUGCCGGCUUCUACGGUUGUCCAGAGAGUUGCGCACAAAGCCAGUUUGGAUGUUGCCCGGAUGGCAAGACAGCGGCUCGUGGAUCACAUAAAGAAGGUUGCCCAUGCCAGUACACACGUUACGGAUGUUGCCCAGACGGUGAAACAACGGCCCUUGGACCAAGGAACGACGGUUGUGAUGACUGCAGAUAUGCUAAGCAUGGCUGCUGUCCGGAUGGCGAGACCAAGGCUAUUGGUCCGAACUACGCUGGUUGUCCGUCCACCACAUUGGCACCUUUCCUACUCGGUGGUACCGUUGCACCGUCGAAGAUCAUAUCAUGUGUGCUACCACAAGAUCAGGGUACUGUGUGUGCGUCGGGAUACAAACUGGUGUGGUACUACGACACUACUGAAGGUCGUUGUUCACAAUUUUGGUACGGUGGUUGUGAUGGUAACGAGAAUCGCUUUGCCACUAAAGAACAAUGCGAGACCAUCUGCGUUGAACCACCAGGCAUCGGACGAUGCUAUCUGCCUAAAGUUGAAGGUCCUUUGAGAUGCGAUUUACCACAAGCGAAAUACUGGUACGACUACAACACGAAGCAGUGCGCUGCAUUCUGGUGGCGAGGAUGUCACGGUAACGCAAAUAACUUUGGUUCAUGGGAGGAGUGCAGUGUAAGUAAUUUUUAUUUCUCUUCAUUUGUGACACAGCGAUAUUUUUGUUUAGCAACAAUUGAAGAGGUUUGUCGAUCCACCCAGGAUUCUGGACCUUGUCAGGAUUACUCUGAUCAGUUCUACUACGAUGCUUACAAAGGUACCUGUCAAACGUUUAUUUACGGCGGAUGUGGAGGAAAUCUGAACCGAUUCCAAACCAAAGAAGAAUGCAUGCAGCGAUGUGGAUUUCUGAAUCCGUCGGCCGUUGCGGGACAGCCCGAACAAACACAUACGGCACACUGGGCAGACAUUGUGCGACCUCCGCCACCAGUUGUCAACUGUUCCUUUUCAGUGAAGACGCGAGAGGUCUGUCAUCUGCCACUUGACGUCGGUAAAUGCCAGGGAUCGUUUGACAGCUGGUACUUCGAGAUGGCCACUGGCUCGUGCGUCGAGUUCAAGUAUUCUGGCUGCUCGGGUAAUGCGAACCGCUUCACCAGCCGCGAGGAGUGCGAGGCCACUUGUGUUCGCCAAGCAGAUGCACCUGUAGGUGCUACUCAAAGAGAAAGUUCUGUUUGUGAUGAGGCUAAGGAAACUGGCCCUUGUACGAAUUUCGUGACAAAGUGGUAUUACAACAAGGCUGACGGAACGUGCAACCGAUUCCACUAUGGUGGUUGUGAGGGAACCGGAAAUCGGUUCGAUAAUGAACACAGUUGUAAGGCUGCUUGCGGAAAUCAUCAAGAUGCGUGCACUCUGCCUAAAGUACAAGGUCCGUGCUCCGGUAAACACGAGUCUUAUUAUUUCAACAGUGCCACGCAUUCGUGCGAGAAAUUCGUGUACGGCGGAUGUUUGGGGAAUACGAAUCGCUUCACAACGUUAGAGGAAUGCCAGGCUCGAUGUCAGCGUAAAGCCUACAUACCGUCAUUCUACUACGACGCCCAAGAUGGUGUGUGUAAAGAGUUUAUCUACGGCGGUUGUGGCGGUAACACCAAUCGCUUCAAUUCUGCAGCAGAAUGCGCCACCACGUGCUCACGAAGACACCAGGUAAAUCAUUUAGGUUUGCAGAAGUUUGCCAGCCCGGAAAAUAUGGAUAUCGAUUUUUCUUGGUUCAGGUUUGAUUCCGAGAGGAAGACAUGUGUUUCGUUUAUGUAUGGUGGGUGUGAUAUGAACGCUAAUCAUUUCACUAGUGAGGAAGACUGUGAACGUGCUUGCGGAUCCUGGCGUUCAACGGACGUAUGCGCCCUGCCAUCAGAUGCCGGCACAUGUGCAGCUUCGGUAAACAAAUGGCACUACGAUAAAGCGGCCGGGACGUGUAGGAUAAUGUUUUGGAGUGGUUGCGGUGGUAACGGAAAUCGAGAAGAUUGCGAGUCAUUAUGUCGAGAAGAGACAACAUGGGAGCAAAAUAUGGACGUUUGUCAAAUGCCACGAUCAUCAGGACCAUGUCGAGACGCGAUUUCGAUGUGGUACUAUGACAGCGCCGAGAACAUCUGCAAGCAGUUCACCUAUUCUGGUUGUCGUGGUAAUGAAAAUCGGUACAUUCCAGCUGCAGUUAAUCUGCGAUUGUUAGUAUUAGAGGUGAUGAAGAUGAUGCGGCUGUUUUCAUACAAUUUUAUUCCAGAGAACCCUGAGAGUGACGACUCUCAGUGCACAGGCGAUGCAGGUACUGCGAAGACAUGUGCGCUGAUCGUGCAGAACGGCUUAUGUGCAAAGAAACGAUACAAGGAGUUCUGCUGCAUAUCCUGUCGAUCAGCAUCCUCUAAUCAUUAA